AUGACGAACUCAACCACGCCCACCAGAGCUGCAAAUGAGUUCCGCAGCGACACCUUCACGACGCCGACGGCGGCGAUGCUGGCGGCCAUGGGGAGUGCCACCUUUGGCGACGAUGUGUACCAAGAAGACCAAACUACGUCCGACUUCCAACGCGAGGUGGCCCGACUGACGGGAAUGGAGGACGCCCUGUUCGUGCUCUCUGGUACCAUGGGCAACCAAAUUGGGGUUCGUCUUCAUCUCAACCAGCCGCCUCAUUCAGUCCUGUGCGACUACCGAGCCCACGUCUACGCAGAAGAGGGCUCUGGCCUGGCCAUCUUGUCGCAGGCCAUGGUUACGCCCGUUCACCCCGCCAACGGCAUAUACAUGACGCUUGACGAUGUCAAAAAUUGGGUCACGCUGGGCGACGACAUCCACACGGCCCCUACCAGAGUCAUCAGCCUGGAGAUUACGAUAGGCGGCGUCGUCACCCCCAUAGACGAAAUACGAAAGAUUUCCGAAUUUGCGCACGCCCACGACAUCAAAGUUCACUGCGACGGGGCGCGCCUGUGGAACGCCUCCGCCGCGACAGGACACUCGCUGGCCGACUACUGUCAGUAUUUCGACAGCGUCUCCAUGUGCGUCUCCAAAGGCCUCGGGGCGCCCAUUGGCGGGGUCCUCGCAAGCACGAAGCAAAACAUCAAGCAGGCGCGGUGGCUGAGGAAACAGCAGGGUGGAGGCAUCCGCCAGGCCGGCGUCCUCACGUCCGCCGCCAUGGUCGCGCUCAAGGAAGUGUGGCCAACCAUGGCCGAGACGCACCGCAAGACGAAGAAGCUGGAGGAGGAUCUUGCGGCGCUCGGCGUAGUGCCGCAGAUUCCGGUGGACACCAACUUUUUCUUCAUUGACGCGGCGAGAUCCAAGCUGGACAUGGGCGUGCUGCUGGAGCAGUGUGAAAAGUUCAAUGUGAGGCUCAUGGAUGAGCGAAUCUCCCUACAUCAUCAGGUGAGCGAUGAGGCAAUAGAGAACCUGAAAUGCGCCAUCGCGGAAGCGGUCAGGAUCACGAAAACGCUGCCACCCGACUACGUGCCGAAGAUACGGCCGUCCGGGUAUGGAAGCACGUCUAAGAUGAACGAGUAUAGUUAA